AUGUCUCGUCCUGACUGUGACCUGUUUGAGACCGAGACUCAGAGCAGAAGAAUGUUGGCUCCGAACGAGAACAGGGCGAGAACAAGGCAGCUAAACUUAGAGCUGCACUUAGACCUAGACUUAGAGCUGGACUUAGACCUGGAUUUAGAGCUGGACUUAGACCUGGACUUAGAGCUGGACUUAGAGCUGAACUUAGAGCUGGACUUAGAGCUGAACUUAGACCUGGACUUAGACCUGGACUUAGAGCUGGACUUAGACCUGGACUUAGAGCUGGACUUAGAGCUGAACUUAGAGCUGGACUUAGAGCUGAACUUAGAGCUGGACUUAGACCUGGAUUUAGAGCUGGACUUAGAGCUGGACUUAGAGCUGGACUUAGAGCUGGACUUAGAGCUGGACUUAGACCUGGACUUAGAGCUGAACUUAGACCUGGACUUAGAGCUGGACUUAGACCUGGACUUAGAGCUGGACUUAGAGCCUUACUUAGAGUCGGACAGACCUGGACUUAGAGCUGGACUUAGAGCCUUACUUAGAGUCGGACAGACCUGGACUUAG